AUGUCGACUGGUGCCAUCGCAACCCUUCUCUCUCAGCAGCCCAAUAGCUUCGAUGGCCUUCGUACAAUCGGAAAGGUCUUCUUCAUUCUCGAUUUGGUCCUCUUCUUCCUCUUCAGCGCUCUUAUGACGACCCGCUUCGUCCUCAACCCCAAAGCCAUCACGAGAUCUCUCCAUCACCCGCAUGAGAGCUUCUUCUUCGGCACGUACUGGGUAUCCAUUGGCCUCAUAUUGUACUGCAUCCAACAGUACGCGGUAGAUUCGUGCGGGCCAUGGCUCGUUAAAACGCUUGAGAUUUGCUUCUGGAUUUUUGCCGGAUGUGCGCUCCUGGUCGCGAUUUUUCAGUACCACGUCAUCUUCGAUCUCGAGUCCCCUCCUAUUCAUGACGCUCUUCCAGCGUGGAUCCUGCCUCUUUACCCAUUCCUCGUGCUCGGCCCGUUGGCCGCUACCCUCGAGUACAGCCAGCCGCGAGAGGCAGCUCUUCCUAUCAUGAUCGGCGGCAUUAUGUUCCAGGGUCUUGGCUGGACCUUUGCGCUGAUUAUUUACACGCUAUACAUCACAAGGCUAAUCAGCGAACAACUACCCGAAGAGUCGAAGCGGCCGGGAAUGUACGUCGCCGUUGGUCCAGCAGCAUACACCUCGAUCACGCUCGUCUCGCUAGGCAGUCAAGCCCAAAAGGUUCUUCCAGACGACUUCCUCAGCAUUACCAGCGUCCCGACCGGCGACCUCUGGAAGGCGUUCGGUGUACCGGCCGGCAUCUUUCUCUGGCUCAUUGGCUUCUGGUUCUUCGCAUUGUCGACCGUUAGCGUCUUCUUCGGUAUUCGGAAAAUCUACUUCACACUCAACUGGUGGGCCUUUGUCUUCCCCAACGUAGGCCUUGUAAUCGCUGCCAUCCAGAUCGGCAAUGUCCUCAAGAGCAAGGCUAUCGGCUGGGUGUGUUCUGGAGCGACAAUCGUCCUGGUCAUCGUGUGGUUCGUGGUGGCGGUGGCCAACGUGAGAGGUGUGUGGAAAGGGCAGGUAUGCUGGCCCGGAAAGGAUGAGGAUAUGGAAGAUGUUGACGGGCAGGAAACCGCGACAGAAGCGGAGGUGAUGAACCUUGAUGGACAAGGCCCCGCGUAG